ACUUCAUCCAGAUCGUACAUACUUCGGUGAAUUUUGUGAAAACUUGGAUGGUGGGUAUUGUCCUCCUAUCUCUGGUCAAUGUUCCGCAACAUGUGGCGGAGGUACCAGGGAGAUUUCAGAACAAUGUGCGUGCCCCAGUCCCAGGGGAGAUGGCGCUGUGUGCAAGGAAGGCCUUGACUAUAAGCGCACUAUACCCUGCAAUACAAAUCCUUGUCCUAUUAUCCAGUGUAGAACCGCAACUGAAAUCAAAUUGAGUUGUCCUGAAGGAACAGCAAUAGGUUUAUUGUCUGUGGUAUAUGGCUACGGGAAUGCGCUUUGUAGUGGGGUCCAACGAGGUUGCGGUGCAUCAAGGGCAUUCAAAAAUCUAAACAGCAAAUGUAGACUGGCUAGAGGCCAAAGGGAAUGUGUAAUUCCAGUUGAAGAUAGAGAUA